UUAAGAAACAGAAACAUUUAUUUAAAAAGAGUGCUUAUCAUGAGUGUCCUGCAAGAGUGGUGGAGAACUGUCUUCAUAGGUGAAUUUGUGUUCCAAAGAAAAGUGGGGAGAAAAGAAGAUUAGAGAAAAGCAAAUGCCCUGCUGAUCUUCAAGAAAGGGAAGAAAAGUGAUCCUGGAAGUUACUACCUAAGAUGGCUGCUGUUUGGAAAAAGAUAACUGUCGUGGGAGAUGUUGCCUGUGGCAAGACAUGCCUCCUACUUGCCUUCUGCAAGGAACAGUUUCCCAAAUGCUAUGAGCCAACAGUGUUUGAAACCUAUGUCAAUGACACCGAGGUUGAUGGGAAGUCGAUGAAGCUGAUGCUCUUUGAUGUAGCAGGGCAGCGCCAAGGUAAUUAUCAGCGCUUCCGUUCGUUGUUCUAUCAAGGCACAAAUGUCAUCUUAAUGUGCUUCUCAGUGGACAGGCCAAAUUCACUGCAGAACAUCCUUGACAUUUGGAUUCCAGAGGUCAGACUGUUCUGCCCCACAGCUCCCAUUGUUCUGGUGGCUACCAAGAAAGAACUGAGGAACGAUGAGGGUGAGCUGGAAAGACUUGCUAAACUGGAACAAGAGCCAAUAAAGACGGCAGAAGGAAAGGCCUUGGCUGCUAGCAUUGGGGCAUAUGCCUACCUGGAGUGCUCUGCAAAGACGAAAGAUGGCAUUGAGAGAGUCUUACAGAUUAUUGGUCAAGCUGCAAUACGAGAUGGAACAAAGAAGAGAAGAAAGCAUCGUGUGUUCUUCAGAUUGUUCACUUGUGGACAGAAGCAAUGAAGUAAAAAGAAUGCCAGAGAUGUGGCCAACAGUUGAGAGAAAUUUUCUACUUAGGGUGAGAUGGGGACAUCCCACCAGCAGCAGUGGUGAGUCUCCAGAAGCCAGAAUGAGAUGUAGUUGAACUUGGACACAUUAAUACAUACCUCCUUUAUUUCAAGGACGGAUAUUAAGAGCAUUGCUGGCAGUCCUGGAAAAGAGAUUUGAACUCUGGCUAUAGAUGCAAAGAUGGCUGGUAAAUAACAUGACUAGCAUUUAUUAAAGACAUACUCUACAGAUCAGAAGGUGGAUAAAAAAAACCAAUCCUGGAGUGAAUAAUUUUAGGAUCCUGAUAUCAAGGGACAAGGAACUAAUUUAUUGUGCCUAGCUCAUCGUACAAAAGGACAACAUCCUUUGGUAUCUUUCUCAAUGGCAGUUCCAUCACUGAAGCAUCUUGGUUAUUGUCCCACUGGAGGAAACAAAAUCAGAGUAACCAAAAUCUUCAUCCUGAUAUUUUAACAACAAGAAUAGCAAAUCCAAAAGAUAAUUAAGUUUCAGAUGCAUUAAACAUUUUCUUACCCAUUCUUCCCAACUGAUAAGAGUUCCACUGGCUGUAGCACUAAAGUCCGAGUGUAGAUUAGGCAUUGGUUGUUGUACCACCAUGGCUAUGAGUAAAGUUCCCUUCCUCCCUGUAGUUGCUACUAGUGGUCCUUCUUGAAGUGAGGUAGGUGCUAAUAAUUUAGUUUCCACUCUGUUCUUCCAAUACAUGCACCAAUUGAUCUUCAGCAGGAGCCAGCUAUUCAUCCCCUGACUAUUUCUUCAAUCUGUCUCUGGAUGGGUGUAGUCCCCAGCAGGUUUGUCUGUGGACACAGUUUGUCUGUCCAGGAUCUUGUUUUAAUUCAUUUAUUAUUUAGGUUUCUCAGAGUUCUUGGUGCCAGACUUAUCCUGUUAUUGGUCUUCUUUCUUACAUUCUUAUUGCUGCUUCCAACACUGAGGGUUAAACUGAAGUAAUUGAACAAACUAGUAAUUUUUAUCACCCUGUCCACUCACAUGAAAAAAUAUUCAAAUGACAAGUGGUCUGAUUUACUUGAAAGACCAAGGCAUGGAAUUUAUAACAACAACAAAAAGUUCAACCCUAUUAAUGAGAAAAUGAACUGAAGUGCUUGGAAAAGAUCUUACAGUGUAAAGUGAGUUACAAAGUAAUUGGGAGCUGACACCCAUUUGUGGAUAGCAUGGGACAUGCUGCAUCCAUGCUACAUCACUUUCUACUAGCCGUGGUAAAAUCCCCUCUACUUCAACGUGCAAUUACAUCCCAAUGGUUUAAGAAUAAUACUUUACAUUUCUAAAGCACUUUUCUUUCCAGGAUCUCAAAGCCAUUUUAAACAUGAUUUACUGAGCCACAUUCCGUCUCUCUGUGAUAGGCAGAUAGUAUCUCCAUUUUGCAAAGGGGGAUACUGAGCAACACCAAGAUUAAGUGAGUUGCCCAAGGUCAUCCACAUCCAUAGCUCUUUCCUCCGCUUUGACUCUUCUUUCUGUACUUAUUUUGUCCCUUCUCUUUUCUCUUAUAGUCUCUUCAAUUCCUCCUCUACUUCCCUUGCUACUCCCCUGCCUUUCAAAUAAUAUUUACCUGAUAUAGGUCCUAAGAUAGGAAAGGAUCCCCUGGAGGGCUCUUCAGCUUAAGUGCCUAUUGAAUUCAAAUCACAUGCUUAAGCGCUUUCCUGAAUCAGGGUCAUAAUGCUUUUAGUUAUUUUUUUAAAAUCAUAAAGAGCUUUAUU